AUGGCGACCAAUGGAGAUCUUCCUUCCGAUGAUGAGUUUUCGCAACCCAGGACACCUCCGGGUGAGGAAAAUGAUGUCGACGACGUGGAAGACGUGAACCAACCUCCUAAAUCCGCCUUGAAGAAAAGCACCUCCGCAGCCAUUCCUGAACCACCAGUAUCGCGCCCGGCCCUACCCGAACAGCCUGAUCCAGAAGAUCUCGAUGUCUCGGUCCUUACUCCUCUGUCACCAGAGAUCAUCGCAAGACAAGCCACGAUAAACAUCGGGACGAUUGGCCAUGUGGCUCACGGCAAAUCCACCGUGGUCAAAGCGAUUUCCGGGGUGCAAACGGUCAGAUUUAAAAAUGAGUUGGAGCGGAACAUCACCAUCAAGUUGGGUUAUGCCAAUGCCAAAAUUUACAAAUGUGACAACGAGCAAUGCCCACGGCCCACGUGCUACAAGAGUUACAAGAGCGAGAAAGAAAUCGAUCCCCCGUGUGAGAGAGAGGGAUGUGGCGGCACGUAUCGUCUGCUCCGACACGUUUCAUUCGUCGACUGCCCGGGGCACGAUAUUCUGAUGAGCACCAUGUUAUCCGGGGCGGCAGUCAUGGACGCGGCCCUUCUGCUCAUCGCCGGCAAUGAAAGCUGCCCUCAGCCUCAAACAUCGGAACAUCUUGCCGCCAUUGAAAUCAUGAAGCUCAAACACAUCAUCAUCCUGCAGAACAAAGUCGAUCUGAUGCGGGAAGAAGGUGCUCAACAACAUUAUGAGUCUAUCCUGAAAUUCAUCAAGGGCACAGUGGCAGACGGGUCGCCCAUCAUCCCCAUCUCCGCCCAAUUGAAAUACAACAUCGACGCCAUCAACGAGUAUCUGGUCACCAAAAUCCCCGUUCCCCCUCGAAAUUUUAGCGCUGCACCGCAUAUGAUUGUCAUUCGAUCAUUUGAUGUGAACAAACCCGGGGCCGAAAUCGAAGACCUCAAGGGUGGCGUAGCGGGUGGUUCCAUCCUCACGGGCGUCCUGAAACUGGGUGACGAAAUCGAAAUCCGCCCAGGGAUCAUCUCCAAAGAUCCCACUGGCCAAACAGUCUGUCGACCCAUCAUGUCUCGAGUGGUCAGUUUGUUCGCCGAGCACAAUGAUCUGAAAUUCGCCGUUCCCGGCGGUCUCAUCGGUGUCGGAACCCGCGUCGAUCCCACACUUUGCAGAGCAGAUCGUCUCGUCGGCCACGUCUUGGGCCUCAGGGGCCAACUUCCUGAAAUCUAUAUGGAACUGGAAGUCAACUAUUUCCUCCUCCGGCGACUACUGGGCGUGAAGACGGCCGAUGGGAAACAAGCCAAGGUGGCCAAAUUGGCCAAGAACGAAGUUCUCAUGGUGAACAUUGGGUCCACCGCCACAGGUGCGAAGGUCAUGGGCGUCAAGGCUGAUGCUGCUAAAUUGACUCUGACAAACCCGGCUUGCACAGCUAUUGGCGAGAAGAUUGCGUUGAGUCGAAGAAUCGAGAAACACUGGCGUUUGAUUGGGUGGGCGAAUAUCGUGGCGGGAAAUACGAUUGAGCCCGAGUCGUCUUGA